AUUCACAUCUCCACAAAACGUUUUUUUUUCUGUUUGUUUCUUUUUCUGCUAUGGAUAUGGAGUGGAAGCGGGUCCACUUACUGAUUUUCUUGAGCUUCUUGAAACCUGCUGUUGGAUAUGAAGGCUGGGUUUCUCAGAGUGUUCAGCCUCAGAACUGGUCCGUCCUCCACAAGCUCUCCAAUCCUAGGAAUGGCCAGUCUUCUGUGUUGGAGGCUCCAGUGACUGGAAGCAUUCCUGUUGAAGAAGUGGCCUCUAAUAUGCUUGCUGGGAAGAACCCAUAUGCCAGCAAGUCUCCACUUUCCCGUUCACAAUAUGUAAAAAGAGGCUUUUCCAGCAGUUAUGGAUCUAUGUCUCAUACCCAAAGUGCACCAAAUGUCUUGGACAGAAUUUCAUCACCGCUACAACUCCAGGGUUCCUCCAGUCCAAAUGCACAGAAGAUAUUUAACAAGGCAGCUAGUGGAGAAGGUUCCUAUAGUCCGUCUGCUCUAUCUUCAAAAUAUGGCUCUGGACUGCAAAGCGUUUCUGCUCCCCUCUCUUCCACACCAGUACGAGGUGAUGGUUUCAGUGGCUCAUCCAUCCGGUCAAAUCUGUUUUUCUCCCCUCUUGAUGUUUCUGGUCCACUCCCCAGUGAUCAAAGCUCUUCAAAUCCAUCUGCAAGCUCUCAGGGCAACUCUGGCCUUAAGUUGGGAGGAACCUCUAGUUGGCUUUCUACACUGAGUAGCUCUUCCACAGGGUCCUCAAGCAGUUAUCGCCAUCUCUCUACUUCUCAGGGCAGCUCUGAGCCACAACUGGCAGGAGGUUCAAGCCAACGUGUUUCUGCAAGUGGUUUGCUAAUCCACUCUCCAAGUACUGAAAGUCAGAAUACCCCUGGGUCCUUUUAUGCCAAGCCUGCUGCCUCACCCAUAGGUUUUCACCAGCUUACCACUGGUCAGAGUUCUUAUGGCAAAUAUAAACCAAGCUCUGUGAGCAGAGUUGGCAAUCAGCUGGCAGCUUCCCGUUAUGUACCUAGACAGGAUAGUAGCUCUGGUUCGUCUGUCCAGCCUCAAGGUACCACUAGCCAGCAUGCUCCAGCUUUUUACUUUGGUGCAAAACUGCCUGUGUCCAGUCAGUACUCUAAAGUAACUCCAAGUGGUUAUCUGUCUCCAAGCCAGUCAUCUCUGAAGUGGCAGCCUUCAACCUCUAGGACCCAAGGAUUUCAGACAGUAUCAGGAACCGGUACAUCACGGAGCACCUCUUGGCCUAAUAAUGGGUUCUCUUCACUGUCUUCAACAGGAGGUUCUGUGCAGUCUCAACCUGCCUCUAGCCAGAAAGCCCUGGCUUCUUUGGAUGCAAGAGUGCCGGAGUACAGUCAAACUGCCUCAAGUGCAUCCUCUGCUCCAAGCCAGACAUCCCAGUGGGAUCCUUUCACUUCUAGAUGGUCCCAUGGUUUUCAAACCUCUGGAGCUGUAGCAUCUCACAGCAGCUCUCCCUCUCAAGGUUCGUCUACUAGUAAGUCCUUUACCCUUACCUCAGCAGCAAGUCCCAGCCAAUUUGCCUCCAAACAGGAAGGAAGUGGUAGAUAUAUUGGCUUAUCCAUUCAGUCUCCAAGUACCUCAAGUCUGCAUAGUCCUGGGUCAUCUGAAUAUGCUAAGCUUGCUGCCUCAACCCUAGGUGUUAGUCUGCCGACCAGUGGAGAACGCUCUUACAGCCAGUAUACAUCCAGCUCCUGGAGCAGAGCUGGCCCUCAGCUGGCAGACUCUACUCACCAUGCACCCGUGCAGACUGGAAGCAUGUUUACUGGCGGCUCCUCUCUCCAGAAGCAAGGUACCUCUCUGUAUGCACCACCUCAUUUGGAUGUUAAAAUGCCUAUGUACAAUCAGGCUCCAAGUGGACCAUCACGCUCUCUGAGCCAACCAUUUCAAUGGCAGCCUUCCUCUAGUUUGUCUCAAGCUUUUCAGAACUCUGGUACAGUGGCCUCGCAGAGUAGCUCUCCAUCUCAAGGCCCCAAGACUCCCACGAUGUUCUCUACCUCUGCAAGAAGUUCUGACCAAUUUGCCUCACCAAAAGAAGGAAGUGGUAGCUAUAGUGGCUUGUCUCAAAGUGCCUUAACUCUAACUAGCCCUGAGUCCCCUACAUAUAUCAAGCGUGGUUCCUCCCUGUUUGAUGUUUCUAGGAAAUCUUCCAGUGGUUUGAGCACCAACCGCAUGUAUACAUCAAGCUCCCAGAGCAGGGAUGGCACUCUGCUGGCAGACCCCAUUCCUUCUGUGCCUGUGCAGUCCGUAAGCAGCUCUACUGAUGGAUCGUCUCCGCAGCUGCCAGGUACCUCUAGCCAGUAUGCCCCUUUACCCUUGAGUGCAAAAGUGCAUGGGUACAGUAACAGAUCUUCAAGUGGAACCUCGUCUAGGAGCCAAUCUCAAUGGCAGACUUCAGCUAGGUGGUCACAAGGUUUUCAGACCUCUGGGGCAUUCCCAUUACAGAUUGGCUCUUCAUCUCAAAGCUUAAAGGCUCCCAGUAGGUUCUCCACUCAGGCUUCACCUGGAUCCUCCUUGACUGGCUCAGGGGCAUCUAAAAAAUGGCAGCCUUCAGCCUCUCCUUGGAGCAAACGGUUUCAGGCCUCUGGCACCGCUGAACCUCAGAGCAGCCCAACAUCAGUUAUCUCCAGUAGCUAUGGUUAUGACCAGAAAGCUUCAGGCUAUUCCAAAUCUUCCCAGAGCUCCCCUGGUAUAGGAUGGUAGUCCUCUGUCAAGGGCUAAGGAACUGCCAUGUACACUUGUACUGUGGAAUGGCAAUGCUAAAUGGUAUAAAGCUGCAUUCAAACUUUGAUUCAAUAAAUUGUUUAAUAUAAA